AGAUAAGGUUGUUAUUUUAAUAUCGAUGAAGACAUAAUCGGCUAAGUGCCAGUUAGCCGGCAGCUGACUAGAUAUACACGCGUGUACUAAGUGAUUAGGUACCUACGAGUUCUUACCUAGGUAUAACAUCUCUAAUGGAUUUUUAACCUAACCUCAAUAGCACUCUCCGCAAGCUUCAAGCAUGAUGUCAUGCUCAAGUCCCUGCCUGGGCCAGGGCCCAGCCGGCGGCGCGUUCGCCGGCCUGGUGACGCAACUCCUGGCCGCGCAGUGUUUGCUCACCGAGCCGUGGCCUGGAGACCACGGACACCGUGUUAAGGACGGUGACUCGUUCGAUUUCAUCGUGGUGGGCGCCGGUACCGCGGGCUCCAUCCUCGCCAACCGGCUGACGGAAGUGCACGACUGGAGAGUACUGCUGGUGGAAGCCGGCAGCGACCCGCCAGUAGAAACUGUCAUACCAAAUUUCGCUGGGGCUACUCAUAGAAGUGAUCAAGUGUGGCAGUAUUUUACAGAAAGAGAUGACUCAACUAACAGAGGUUGUGAAGAUGGAAAGUCAUUUUGGCCAAGAGGAAGAAUGCUGGGGGGCACUGGUUCAAUUAAUGGGCUUCUACAUAUGAAAGGAAGUCCAGGAGACUACGAACCAUGGCAUCAAGCCUACGGCGACGGGUGGGACUGGCCGUCUAUCAAGAAAUAUUUAAUGAAAAGUGAGAAAAUGAUCGAUCCUUUCAUUUUAAAUGAUCCAGAAUUAAUAAAAAAUCACGGGACAUCUGGUGAAUUUAUUAUUGAUAAACUAAAUUUUACACAUUCCGAAAUAGUUGAUAAGCUAUUACAAGCUUACUCUGAGAUGGGACUAUUAUAUCUUGAGGACCUAAAUGGACCGACUCAGAUGGGCGUUGGAAAGAUACGAGGCAGCAAUCAUAAAGGCCGAAGAGUAAGUACUGCGACGACCUUCUUAAAUUCAGCUCGAGAACGUGAAAAUUUAUAUAUUUUAAAGAACACGUUUGCUAACAAAAUUGUAUUUGAUAUUGACAAAGCAAUAGGUCUUGAAGUGAAAAGAUCAAACAACGUUAAAAAUACCUUUUAUGUAUCAAAAGAAAUAAUAAUAAGUGCUGGUUCAGUGAAUACACCUGUUUUAUUAAUGCUGUCGGGAAUUGGACGGAAAAAACAAUUAGAAGAAUUCGAUAUCGAAGUAAUAGCUGAUUUACCAGUUGGUGAAAAUUUACAAGACCACGUACGAAUUCCUGUUCCUAUAACGUUAAAUACAGGAGCCGCGCAGGAAAAUGAAGAUUACUGGCACCAAGCAGCCGCACAAUACUUGCUCGCACAGACCGGACCUCAUAGCACUAAUUAUAAUCAACCCAAUAUCAAUGCUUUUAUUUCAGUACCAGAUGGUAAAAUACUACCAGACGUACAAAUUGAUCAUAAUUAUUUUGUCCCCAAUACUUCAUACCUGUAUCCAACUUGUAAAAACAUUAUGUCAUAUACAGAUGAGAUUUGUAAGCAAUUAUCUGAAAUGAACGCUAAUAGUGAAAUGAUAUUAUUCUUUGUAUCAUUGUGUAGACCAUUCUCAAGAGGAAAUGUUGUUUUACGAUCUACAAACCCUACCGACCAUCCGAAAAUCUAUUCAAAAUAUUUCAGUGACAAACGUGACAUGGACAUUUUUGUAAAAAACCUUAAGCGUAUCACACAAAUCGUAUCAACUAAGGUUUUCCGAAAUGCAGAUGCGAAACUUGAGAGGGUUAAAUUUAAAGAUUGUGAUAGCUUUUCCCUAGAAAGUGAUAAUUACUGGGAGUGUAUGGCGAGAACUUUGACUUAUAAUGUCUAUCACCCUGUUGGCACUGCUAAAAUGGGAAAAGAGGAUGACCCAACCAGUGUAGUCGAUAGUGAAUUAAAAGUUUUAGGUAUAAAAGGUUUAAGAGUAGUCGAUGCUAGUGUGAUGCCAACUAUAACAAGUAUAAACACAAAUGCUCCCACUAUGAUGAUUGCCGAACGGGGCGCAGAUUUUAUUAAAACGGAACAUUGGACGGUAAAAAAAGAUGAACUUUAAAUAAACCUAAAAGUUACAGAAAAGUUAUAUAUGACUUUUCUGGUUUAUUUUAAUAAAAUUAGGUGUCAGUAAAAUUAUUAGCAGAUUAUUUUCAAUAAAUUAGUAUUAGUGAUCUCGAAAUUUUACCUUAUGGAUGCUCUCACGUGUCCUUAUAAUGAAUAUACCUCUAUGGUCCUAACGAGAAUUUCGAGAUUAAAUUAUAUUUGUCCUACUUAAUAUGUAUUUAAUUAAUUUCUUUGCAUGGUAAUUAUAUUUUUUGUCAGAAAAAGAUCUGUUUGUAAUCAUCUGUAAUCAACCUGUAUCGUUUAAAUGUAUAUUAAUAAUAAAUCACUUGUACCGAAUCGUAAAUCUAUGAUCUAUGAUGAUGAAUCUAUGAUGUAAUUAAUGAUAAAUCCAAUAAUCAUAAUAAUUAAAUUGUGAAGAAAUUAUUGUGAAAUUAAUAAAGGCCAAAUAAACAUAAACAAAUAUUUUUUACUUUUAAUUUCAUGACAUAUUUAGACUAGAAUGUUUAAUUAUGUCAUAUAUUUGUAAUAUUGGUGACAAUGCUAUGUCCAACAAAUUCAAUUACUGCUACUUAUUAAUUAUUAUUUUUAAAGCCUUUGCGUUAGUUUCUGUUGUUGAUAAGGGCGUUUCACCACUUGAGAAGAAUUCUGUUGCUAUUAGAUUCUUUAUAGAUAUUGAAAACGAAAAUCGUAUUGGUAAUUGUAAAGUAUUAUCAAGAGUGAAAAGAUGUUGUUUAACGGAUUUUGAUGAAGAAGAUUGUGAUAUAAUGGUUGCGAUUGGUGAAACGAUUGAAGUUAUAAAACCUAGAGACAGAAAGACGCUUGUACAUAUACUGCCUACCCUGUACCCUUACGACCUUAUUGGUUACUGUGAUAUGAUUUUAGAAUAUCAUUGUAUUAAAGACCGAGAUAGAUUGCACAUUAAUAUACCAUUCGACACUAGAGUUAUUACUACAAAACGUUCUAAUUUACUGUUGAAGGCUUACCUUAGUGGUGUCAAGAAUAGUGUUUGCGAAACACGGGAUCAAAACUCAUUAAAUAACUGUUUUCCCAUAAAUUGUGAUAUCAAAUACUCUGGUCAAAGAUCCUUUUACGACGAAAGUAUCAAAAGGUGUGUGAAAAUACCGAUUUGCGUUGGAGAUACCGAGAUAGAAAGCUCUACUAUUGUGUACGAUUCUUCCACAAACGUGUGUAAAAAUUUAGAGUGUCCAUUGUCAAACGAAGAUAUCUAUGCAAUUUCAACAGGUUUAGGAACUAUUAAGAAAUCCAUAACAAAGCCGAAUAACAUUAGAUAUGAAUAUGAAUCAAACUGUUCAACCAUUUCACAAAAUAUGUAUUUGUUAAGAGAUCUAAUGUACGGAAAAUUGUGUCCUUGUAACGUCGAUUUUGAGGACCUGUGUAAAUGCUCUGCUUUGGCAAUUGUGUUUUGUGUAAUAAGCGUAUGUGCUCUCCUACUAUCAUUUGUAUUGUGCGUAAACACGCUCAUUUGGAUAUACAUACAGUGGUAUAAAGGCAGGUUAGGAGUUUGGUUUAAAAAUGUAAGGAGUAAAUUUAAAAAGGCAAAAAAGAAAUAUAAUUUUCGUGGAACACGUGUUAAUGCUAAAGUUAGAAAUACUUUGUUACGAGAAGUAAUAACACAAGGUAUACCUCUAGAACUUAGGGAUAGCGCUAUAAACAUUUGUAAUAGGAUGGAGGAGAAUGUAAGAGACAAAAGGAGGUAUCGUAAGGAGGAUAUUGGCAGUCAGAUAAGUUUGCAGAAAGAGAACUCAAGAGUUGUAACAUCUAGUUCUACGGAGACUUUAUGUUCUGAAAAAGAUGCCUUACUUAAAUAAAUGAAUGUAAUCUAUUAUAA